CAUGAUGACGUCCUCCUAUUUUUAAGCGAUGCUGCGCCAUACAUGAAGAAAGCAGGUACAACUAUCAAGGCUUUGUACUCCAAGAUGAUCCAUAUUACUUGUAUAGCACACGGAUUACAUAGAGUGGCAGAAAAUAUUCGGAGUCAUUUUCCUAGAGUUGAUAAAUUAGUGGCAAAAGGAAAGCAAGUAUUUUUAAAAGCACCUUCACGUGUUUUAUUUUUUAAGACAGAAGCUCCCGGAGUCCCUCUUCCUCCCGAACCUGUACUUACACGUUGGGGUUCUUGGAUUGAAGCUACUUCUUAUUACUGCCAAUAUUUUAAGCAAGUACGAGAUGUUAUGCAACAUUUUGAUUCUAACGAUGCUGUAUCUAUAAAAGAAUCUCAAGCCCUUCUAAAUGAAAUUUCAAUGGAACCAAAUUUGACUUUUAUAGAUUCAAAUUAUGGGUUUUUACCAUCAACCAUAACUAAAUUAGAAUCACAAGGUGUAUCACUAACUGAUUCAGUAACAACAGUAAUGUUCACAAAAAAUAAAUUGGACGAAGUAGCGGGUGACGUUGGAAUGAAAGUAAAAACAAAAUUUAACCAAGUUUUAGAAAAAAACUCUGGGUUUGCAAUAAUAUUAAAAAUUUUAAAAAUUUUGAAUGGAGAAAAAAGUUCAUCGAUGGAUGGUUUACCAGAAGACCUAACGGGAAAUGAUUUAACAUUUUAUAAAUAUGCACCAGUAACAUCAACAGACGUCGAAAGAAGUUUUUCUCGGUAUAAAACCAUACUGGCCGACAAUCGGCGAUCAUUCGACGUGGAAAAUAUUAAAAAAACAUUAGUUGUGCAAUGCAAUAAUUUAUCAGGAUAAAUCAAAAAUUCGAGAUUGAAGAAAACCAUACUAACAAUCGGC